GUUCUACUUCCCAAAGAAUUGUCGAUUUUGGUACACAACGGAUUGUCACAAGUUGUUGUGGGAAGCCACGUACUGAUGAAAUAUACCAAGCAUAAAAGAGUCGUUUGUUGCUAUAUACAUUGUUGUGUACCACUGAAACAAGGGAAGUGCCUGGAGCGAAUGCAAAAUCUCUCGUCUUCUUUUCCUUCAUCUACUUCUUGGUUUCGUCUUCGUCGUGCAUAUCGUAGAGUUUGGCCGUUGUCUUGUGUGGAAAAUGAUAAACAUCAUUCUGACGUAAGAAAAGAAACCUUGUCACCAUUAACGUCAACCUACAGUCCAGUAACUGUACCAGAAUCUAUAGAAACAUCUGCUCUUUCAGACUUGUCCACAGAAGAAAAACACUAUGGUGGUCUGAGUUUCGGUAGUCAUAAAAUACGUAUUUAUUCAGGUUCUUCAAACACUGAAUUAGCAAGCGAAGUUGCCAAGUAUUUGGGCAAACCAGAACUAAGCCCUAUUAUGAGAAAGCGCUUUUCUGACGGUGAAAUCUAUGUUCGUUUGGAAGAAUCAGUUCGUGGUUGCUCAGUAUUCUUGUUACAGUCCACGUGUUAUCCAGCAAAUGAUCACUUAAUAGAACUACUCUUGAUGAUUGACGCCUGUCGUAGAGCACAUGCUUCACAAGUGACUGCAGUUUUACCCUACUAUGGCUAUGCAAGAGCAGACCGACUUGUAGAUCCAGAUACGAAGAGAAGAGAAGCUUUGGCGUCCAAGUUGGUGGCAAAUAUGAUUUGUGAAGCUGGGGCCGAUCGAGUUAUAGUUAUGGAUAUUCACUCUCCACAAACUUGUGGUUUCUUUGAUAUUCCCUUGGAUCACAUAUUCGCCUCUCCUUGUCUUGUUGAGUAUCUUUUGAAGAAUUGUCCUAGUGAUAUGGUCGUUGUUGCUCCAGACGUCGGUGGAGUCGCUAGAGCUCGUGCUUUUGCAAAACAACUAAACGAUGCACCUCUGGCAAUAAUUGAUAAAAGAAGAGAACAACAUAAUAUCGCAAAGGUUCUUAAUCUUAUAGGAGAUGUAAGGGGUCGAACAGCAGUUUUAGUGGACGAUAUGAUCGAUACUGGAGGAACAAUAGCGGAAGCUGCCAAAAGCUUGAGGGAGAAUGGAGCAAAGAGAGUUUUUGCUGUCGCUACUCAUGCUGUUUUUUCUGGAGCUGCAAUUGAGCGACUUUCCAGUGGUGUGUUUGAGGAAGUCAUAGUCACAAAUACUAUUCAAGUGCCGAAGGAGAAGAGAUUCCCCCAGUUGCGCAUUGUGAAUGUUGCUUCGUUGUUAGGAGAAACAAUAUGGAGAGUACAUGAGGAUUCGUUAUAUUGAUAGGAUAGGAUUUGUAUCUAUUAAAGUAGAAAUCUGAGAACGUGCUUGAAAUACUUAGUUUUGGUUUUUGUUAAUGGGAAGCGUAAGUUCUCUUUGUCAUUGAAAGUUCCCAAAUGUCUUUUGCGGUCAAUAAGAGUUGAAGUUUAUUAUCUUCAAACAUAAAUAACGAUAGAAAAAGGUUUCUAGAUCUUGAAGUAUUUCAUGUUUUCAAAACCAUGGUGGAUUCAUAAACAUACCAACUUGAAG